UGUUCGUUUGUGUCAGAGGUUUGCAGUUGUUGUCUGUCCCUGAGCAGUGCAUAUACGUAGUGAGCCAGCUAGUGCAGUUUGUUGUCUCCUGUCAGAAGCGGAAGACGUACUAAGCAGCCCCUUCGUUCCUCCCUCCUCCUAUGACUGGCCGUGACACCACGCCCCCGCAUUUUUCCAGCAGACGGGUUGAGAAGCUAAUCAGCAAACGAGAGUUUGUGUCCUCGUUCUUUGGAAUAAGAAGCUCCGGGGAGAGAUUCAAGGUCCACGUUUAAAAAUGACAACUUCUUGGAGUGAUCGCCUCCAAAAUGCUGCGGACCUCCCGGCCAAUAUGGAUAGACAUGCCUUAAAGAAGUAUAGACGUGAAGCUUACCACAGGGUCUUUGUGAACAGAAGUCUUGCCAUGGAAAAAAUCAAGUGCUUUGGAUUCGAUAUGGAUUAUACACUCGCUGUAUACAAGUCUCCAGAGUAUGAAUCCCUUGGCUUUGAUCUUACAGUCGAAAGACUUGUAUCCAUUGGUUACCCGCAAGAGCUUCUAAACUUUGUCUACGAUCCCACAUUUCCUACAAGGGGUCUUGUUUUUGAUUCAACCUAUGGAAAUCUUAUAAAGGUUGAUGCCUAUGGUAAUAUCCUUGUCUGUGCACAUGGCUUUAACUUCAUGAGAGGGCCAGAAACAAGGGAGCAAUACCCAAAUAAAUUCAUCCAGAGAGAUGACACCGACCGAUUCUACAUCCUCAACACGCUCUUUAACUUACCAGAAACCUACCUUCUGGCUUGCCUGGUGGACUUCUUUACAAAUUGCGACAGGUACUCAAGCUGUGAAACGGGGUUUAAAGAUGGCGACCUCUUCAUGUCCUUUCGGAGCAUGUUUCAGGAUGUCAGAGAUGCUGUUGACUGGGUCCAUUAUAAGGGAUCCCUCAAGGAAAAGACGGUUGAGAAUUUGACGAAGUAUGUUGUUAAAGAUUCCAAGUUGCCGUUAUUGUUGAGCCGCAUGAAUGAGGUUGGGAAAGUGUUCUUAGUCACUAACAGCGACUAUAAAUAUACCCACAAAAUCAUGACUUACUUGUUUGACUUGCCACACGGACCGAAGAAAGAAAAUGCACAGAUGCUGCCUGGGAGAAGAGGCUGUGUAAAGCCUGACAGCUCUCACAGAGUUUGGCAGUCCUAUUUUGACCUUAUAUUAGUUGAUGCUCGCAAGCCCUUGUUCUUUGGAGAAGGAACAGUGUUACGGCAAGUGGAUACGAAUACGGGCAAACUGAAAAUCGGUACCUACACCGGUCCUUUACAACAUGGAAUUGUAUAUUCAGGAGGUUCCUCUGAUAUUUUGUGUGACCUGCUGGGUGCAAAAGGAAAAGAUAUCCUGUAUAUUGGUGAUCACAUCUUUGGCGACAUUCUUAAAUCGAAGAAGCGACAGGGAUGGAGAACAUUCCUGGUCAUUCCCGAGCUGGCACAAGAACUUCACGUCUGGACUGACAAAAGCUCCCUUUUUGAAGAGCUCCAGAGCCUGGAUAUAUUCUUAGCUGAGUUGUACAAGCACUUGGACAGUAGCAGCAAUGAACGGCCAGAUAUCAGCUCCAUCCAGAGGCGUGUUAAGAAAGUGACACAUGACAUGGACAUGUGCUACGGGAUGAUGGGGAGCUUGUUCCGCAGUGGCUCCCGACAGACUCUCUUUGCAAGUCAGGUGAUGCGUUACGCUGAUCUCUAUGCAGCAUCUUUCAUCAAUCUUCUGUAUUAUCCAUUCAGUUACCUCUUCAGAGCUGCACAUGUCCUGAUGCCCCAUGAAUCCACCGUGGAACACGCUCAUGUGGACAUUCAUGAAUCAGAGUCACCAAUGGCCACUCGCAACAGGUGCUCUCUGGAUUUCAAGGAUUCCGAAUUCAAGCGGCACCAUCUCACCCGCUCCAUCAGCGAGAUUAAACCACCCAACCUCUUCCCACAGAAACCCCGGGAAAUAACACACUGCCACGAUGAAGAUGACGACGAAGAGGAGGAGGAGGAGGAGGAAGAAGAGGAGGAAGAAGAAGAAUAAAGCAAUGGAAUAUCCACACAGGAUAUUUCUUACUGCCGUGCUGAACCAGCAGAUAUGUACUGAACGUGUAACUGAGCGGCUCCUGCAGUUCAGUUUUCUAUUCCCAUCCGAGACAUUUGCACGUUGUUAUUGUUUCCCGUGCAUUUCCGUGCAAGUGCAUGAAGGAAUCGCUUGCUCUCUAUUCUGGGAGACACAGCACAGUAUUCACUCCCCACUCUUCUCUUUCUCAUCUGGAAUCGAUCCGUAUUUCUAACAACCCAAAGGGGGGCUUCAGAUUUCACCUUAGCGGCAGCCAUCAUCUUACUUUCUUAGGGCCAAACAUAGAACAGAGGAGACCCCUGGAAAAACAGAAAUGGGGAAUCCAAAUCCGAGCGAUGUCCGAAGCUGAACGACCGUUCCCAGCGGCUGGAGCUGUUAGUGCUGCAGAGUGGCCAUCUCUCAUAAAUAUACUAAACUGUUGCACAAAAUAAUAAUGUAAUUAUAAUAAUAUACUUUAAGCAACAUUUCUACCCAUUCUGAUGCCGGGGGCCCAGGGCCGAUCCCAUCUCUCUUUUUUAACCAAUGCUGUUUUUCUGCCUUUUCAAGACCAUCGGGAGAAUUCGCUAUUGCUGAGCUGUCAUGUUAAAAUCCAAAGAGUUCAAAUUUGCUUUGGAAUGGGCAUGGAAAACGCACAGAGAAAAGCGUCUUUAAAAACAAACAGACUGUAUGAUAUGCUAAAUCUGCUUCUUUCCUUGCUAUAUUUUUUCCCUAUAGCUUGUGAUUUUAUUUCCCUAGUGCAAAAGCACAAUUACUUUGCAGUCGGAAAGCAGCUGGUUUGUUACACCUGGAAAGUUUGUUUCCCCAGGUGCAGCCAACUGUUCUUAUACGUCUAUGCAAUGCAGCUCUGGUACAUGCCCAAAAGGGGACUGAAAAUUCAAAUUUAGCUUUUCUUGAACUAUUUCAGAAGCAAUGCAGAUGCCUGGAAGAGUUCCCCUUUAAGAAAGCAAUGCAGAUGCCUGGAAUAUUUCCCCUUUAAGGAUUUUUAAAGGCUUUUUAGGUCCAAACAAAAUAAAGCAACCCCCGUGUGUUGGCAUUGAGAGUAUAUUCCAUUAUCAGUAUGUUUAUACUAUCAUACAAUUCGCUCUGUGUUCUUUUUUCUUUGUUUUUGUUUUUUUUUCUAUUUUUUAGUGAAUUCCGUGGGUUCGUUGGGACCCGGAGAAGCUGUGAGCUGAUUUGACUUUUCUUUUUGAAUUGCGUUUUAACUGGAAUAGUUUAUAGCACAAGUCUGUUUUUAUUCCGAUUUUCUGCCAACUGAUAGUGCUGAGUAUAUGUUGUGUUUCUGCCUGAUAUUGGAAUUCCUUUAGUUCCGUCACAGCACAUCCAAAAUAUUAUCACCUGCUCGUUUUAAGCUCCACCGACAAGAUCCCAUCAUUGCUGAUUGGGUAACUAAACCAAUGGAGUUGUCACUCGGCUGAGAUUUCGGAAGCAAUGCAGCCAUGGGGCUAUUUUUGUUAUUAUCCGGAACAGCAGUGCACUUGGUAUCGAUAGAGAGUCUUUCAAUGGCAAAACGUCCUCACAGUUCCCUCCUAGAGAAUCAUGCUCACAUUACUGGAUCACAUUACUGGAUCCAUAGCCUCUUCCUCCAUUUGCACCAUUAAUAUGAUGAAGGGCUCCUCGGUGAUCAAUCCCAGGAAAGGUGUAGCACCGAAGCCUAUUGGCUCCUACAAGAAGUUGCCACUGCUUUCCUGUUGCACUUGAUUCUGAUUGGAGUUCAAACCGCAGCUUUUGCUUUUUAAACGUAAGGAUAUACGUAACUCCUGUAUUAGAGUUUGUCUAGUUUAUUUACUGAAAUAACUAAAAACAAAAAUAUUUCAGUUGUACAGACAAUGCAGAGACCAAACUCUGUCUGUGAAGCUUCAUAUUGCCGGGGGGGGGGAUUCCGAUAGGACAAAUUGACUCACAGAGCAUGCUGGGAAAGCACAGGCAGGUGACAUUGAAAGUAGCACAAUGAGUAGCCUCGGGGCAGUUACAAGUCACGGGACUGGCGCAAUCACAACAAUAUAUUUCAGUCAAUGAUAGAGCUUCAGGGUUAAUUGUCAGUGGCGUCUGAGACUCGCCAGCCGACCCGUUAAUAGUGUUUGUUUUCCAUAUUCCAGUUUGGGGUUGUUCUCUUUACCAGUUUGUAAAUCAUAUUUUACUGUAUAACCAAUAAAUUGUAAAAACUUGCAUUCUA